AACAUUCCAGAACCCAUAGGAAUCGACUGCGGACAUGAGGUGGCUGGCGGUGGUCAUUCUCCUCGGCUCCUUCGUCUGCCCAGCGUCCACCGACCAGGGUUCCUGUGUCGGCCGCUGUGCUGAUGGCUUCAACGAUACCCAUAAGUGCCAGUGCGACAAUCUCUGCCACUUCUACAAGAGCUGCUGUGUGGAUUAUAGCACCGUGUGCAGGCGAGCCCGCGGCGAUGUCUUUACUGUGCCUGAGGAUGACGAAGAGUUUGAUGUUGACAUUAUUGGGGGAGUUACAGGCUCCAGUCUUCCAUCUGCCGCUUCAACAACAGCCUUGUUGAGAACGACAACGGUACCAGAGACAGCAACAGAACCGGCAACGACGACUCUGGAACCAGAACCCAAACCCAAUGACCUGUGUUCCGACAAAGAAUCCUUUGAUGCCUUCACUGACCUAAAAAAUGGAUCCAUAUUUGCUUUCAGAGGAGACUACUUUUAUGAACUGGACAGUUACAGCUUUCGCGAAGGAUAUCCUAAACGCAUCAGUGAUGUCUGGGGCAUCCCAGGCCCCAUUGAUACGGCCUUUACACGUUUAAACUGUGAGGGCAAGACGUACAUCUUCAAGGGUGAUAGCUACUGGCGUUUUGACGAUGGCAAACUGGAUCCCAGAUACCCAAGAAAGAUCAAGAGAGGUUUUCCCGGCAUUCCGUCAAACUUGGAUGCCUCCUUCGCAUUGCCCGCCUCCAACAUUAAUGGCAACGAGCGAGCUUACUUCUUCAAAGGAAAUCAGUACUGGCAGUACGUUUUUGAAAAUCAGCCCAAACGGUCAGAGUGCCUGAAAACAUCGGAGUCUGUGCCCUUCCAGAGAUAUGCUAUAACAAUGUUGGACCCGUGGGAAAGUCUUUUUGAAGUGCUAUUUCAAAGCUCUGUAUCUGGUGAUGGCGCCAUUGGACCAGGCUCUGUCUCCCGGGACUGGCUGGGACUUCCCUCUCAUGUGGACGCCGCGAUGACCGGAAAGCUCUUGAUGAUUCGACAAGAUGUUCUCAUCCGACAGAGGGGUAGGAACAAACCAAAGAGCAGAAGGUGGAAGAAAAAGAAGCAUCAUUCCUCCAGCAUGGAAUUUGACUUCUACAUGCCUCCUGGAUUGGUUCCCAGUCAGAGUGUCUACUUCUUUGCUCAAGACGAGUAUUACCGCGUGGACCUGGAGUCCAAGCAAGUGGCGCUCGUGGACCCGCCGUACCCCCGGUCCAUCGCCAGAUACUGGUUCAAGUGCCGCGAGUCGGAGUGAGACCCGGACUGACCUGAUAUCUGCAUCAACUGUGGCCAAGACACACACUGUGAACCCUAUUGGAGAGGAGGACCUCCGGCCGACCACAGCUCACACACGUACCCGAGUCCUCCACAGCAACCAAUAAACACACAAAGUC